CGAUACUUCUGCCGCUCGCCUGCGCCCCGGAAGCUGCCCCUGCUCGGGGGUCAUGAUGGGCAGCAAGAUGGCUUCCACCAGCAGGGUCGUGCAGGUAGUGAAGCCACAUGCUCCAUUAAUAAAGUUCCCUAACAGAAGAGACAGACCUAAACUCAGUGUCUCAGAAGCUUUGGGAUCUGCUGCACUACCCUCCCACUCUUCUGUAAUUUCACAGCAUUCUAAAGGAAGCAUGUCCCCAGAUUUACUGAUGCAUCAGGGGCCACCAGAUACUGCAGAAAUAAUAAAAUCAUUACCUCAGAAAUACAGAAGGAAACCUGUGUCUCAAGAGGAAAUGAAAUUUAUCCAGCGUGGGUGUCCAGAGUAA